CCGGUGCCUUGCUGGAAGCCCGGGCUCCCCCGGAAGUGGCCCGGGCCUCUCUGUCGGGGUCCCCACCACCCCGCUGCUGCUGAGUCCCACAGGGGCAGCGGCAAUGGCAGAGGCGGCGCUCCUGCUGCCGCCUGAGGCGGCGGCAGAGCGCGACGCUCGGGAAAAGCUGGCUCUCUGGGAUCGGAGACCCGACACGACGGCGCCGCUGACCGACAGGCAGAUGGACUCGGUGCUGGAGCUGAAGGCGGCGGCAGAGAACCUGCCCGUUCCGGCCGAGCUUCCAAUUGAAGACUUAUGUAGCAUAACAUCCCAGUCGCUGCCCAUUGCACAGACUUCAGUAGUACCCGAAUCUACAGAAGACAUUCUCUCGAAGGGUUUCACUUCCUUAGAAAUGGAAGAAGAAAGAAUUGAAACUGCGCAGCAGUUUUUCUCAUGGUUUGCAAAGCUGCAAACUCAGAUGGAUCAGGAUGAAGAAACUAAGUACAGACAGAUGAGGGAUUACUUGUCUGGGUUUCAGGAGCAGUGUGAUGCUAUAUUGAAUGAUGUAAACAGUGCUCUACAGCAUCUGGAAUCAUUGCAGAAACAGUAUCUUUUUGUGUCCAAUAAGACAGGAACCCUACAUGAAGCCUGUGAACAGCUCCUAAAAGAACAGUCGGAACUUGUUGAUCUGGCUGAAAACAUUCAACAAAAGCUUUCCUAUUUUAAUGAGUUGGAAACUAUUAACACAAAAUUGAAUUCUCCUACGUUGUCUGUUAAUAGUGAAGGAUUCAUACCUAUGCUGGCCAAGUUAGAUGAUUGUAUAACAUAUAUCUCAUCACAUCCAAAUUUUAAAGAUUAUCCUGUAUAUUUGCUGAAAUUUAAGCAGUGUCUUUCUAAAGCUUUGCACCUCAUGAAGACAUACACUGUGAACACACUACAAAACCUCACAAAUCAGUUACUAAAAAGGGAUCCUGCAUCUGUACCUAAUGCAGACAAUGCCUUCACAUUAUUUUAUGUGAAAUUUCGAGCUGCUGCUCCCAAAGUCAGAACUCUUAUCGAACAAAUAGAACAGCGAUCUGAAAAAAUACCUGAAUACCAACAACUGCUAAAUGACAUCCAUCAGUGUUACCUUGACCAGCGGGAGCUCCUUUUGGGCCCUAGCAUCACUUGUACUGUAACAGAGUUAACAAGCCAGAAUAAUAGAGAUCAUUGUGCCUUGAUUCGCAGUGGCUGUGCCUUUAUGGUCCACGUAUGCCAGGAUGAGCACCAGCUUUACAAUGAAUUUUUCACAAAACCAACAUCAAAAUUAGAUGAACUUUUGGAGAAACUGUGUGUGUCAUUGUAUGACGUCUUCAGGCCUUUGAUCAUUCAUGUUAUUCACUUAGAGACUCUAUCGGAACUUUGUGGGAUUCUUAAAAAUGAGGUGCUUGAAGAUCAUGUACAGAACAAUGGUUUCAGCAUUGAAGACGAUGGCCAGUCAGGGAGGACCCAAGUAUACUCUUUCACAGCAGCCUUGGGCACAGCCAGAUUUUCGAGACCUUUGUCUGAUUUACUUUCUUGGAUUGAUGAAGGAGAGUGGGUGACAAUGUUAGAGUUUGCAGCAAGAUUUUUCCAGAUAAUUCUAACAUGGACUCAGAUUGAUGGACAACUUUUCUUAAUUAAGCACCUUUUGAUUCUUCGUGAACAAAUUGCUCCAUUUCAUACUGAAUUCACCAUUAAGGAAAUUUCCCUGGACCUCAAGAAAACUAGAGGAUACCACUUUCAGAGCCUUGUGUAUUAUAUGACCCUGCAGCAGAUACCUGGUAAUAGUUCUGAAAUUAAUGGUUCACAAAAGGCUAUGUAUGUAUUUAUGGGACAAAUUGCACAGAGUUUAAAAGAUGAACAGAAGAAGGUACCUUCAGAAGCUUCGUUUUCAGAUGUUCGGUUAGAGGAAACAGAGUCUAAUAAUCUAAGAAAAUCCGGUUCAACAGAAUCCCUCAAUCCUAGAGCGCAGACCACAAUUUCUCCCGCAGAUCUUCACGGAAUGUGGUAUCCUACAGUUCGAAGAACUCUUGUGUGUCUUUCCAAAUUGUACAGAUGUAUAGAUAGGGCAGUGUUCCAAGGAUUAUCACAGGAAGCCUUGUCUGCCUGCAUUCACUCGUUACUUGGAGCAUCAGAGUCUAUCAGCAAAAACAAGACUCAGAUUGAUGGACAACUUUUCUUAAUUAAGCACCUUUUGAUUCUUCGUGAACAAAUUGCUCCAUUUCAUACUGAAUUCACCAUUAAGGAAAUUUCCCUGGACCUCAAGAAAACUAGAGAUGCAGCAUUUAAAAUCCUGAACCCUAUGACUGUUCCAAGAUUUUUUAGGCUGAAUAGCAACAAUGCCUUGAUAGAGUUCUUGUUGGAGGGUACGCCUGAGAUAAGAGAACAUUAUCUUGACUCUAAAAAAGAUGUAGACCGUCAUCUGAAAUCGGCCUGUGAGCAGUUUAUUCAGCAGCAGACCAAGCUGUUUGUAGAGCAGCUGGAGGAGUUCCUGACAAAGGUACCAGCAAAGGUCAGUGACCUUGUAGCAAGUGCCUACAAGACAAUAAAAGCGAAGCUGCCUCUGACAUUGAGAAGCAUGUCAUUGUACCUAUCCAAUAAAGACACAGAGUUCAUCUUGUUUAAACCUGUUAGGAAUAAUAUUCAGCAAGUCUUCCAGAAGUUCCAUGUUUUGUUAAAGGAAGAGUUUAGCCCUGAAGAUGUCCAGAUCAUUGCUUGUCCUUCUAUGGAACAGCUGAACCUCCUACUGUCCGCUUCUAAAUAACCAGGCCGGCCGGGCUGUGCACGUCAGUGUCUGUGCGGUCCGAGCGGGCUGGGAAGUCUGGCAGCCUGAAGGACGCCGAGGAACCGGAUGUGGGGGUGUCCCUGAGAACCACACAGGCGUGCUGCUCAGUGCUGACUGCAGAAUGAAAUACAAGCCAAGUGUUUGGAAGAUUGGUGUUUCCCUUUUAAAAACAUCAAAAUGCCAAAGAUUAAUCUGGGAGCGUGAGAACUGCCUUCUUGAAAAGGUCAUGAGAAAUGUGAGUUUUUUAGAGGUAGCUAUGGUGGGCACACAGGGAAAUGGUUCUUAGCAAAAGAUGUGCAAUUUGAAACUAGGUUACAAUAAGUAGUGUGAAGAAGAACUUUACAGAAGGACUGUUAAUUAGAAAGCUUCUACGAGGAGGGUUUGUUAAAGCGUGAAACACUGCAACACUUUGAGCCACAGAGAUUCCACGGCGGCUCUUUUUUGCUUCCAGAAAUCUUAUUUCUGCACUCUAUUUAAUGUAAUGUUUCUCCUAUCACUUUGAAGUUUUGUUUGGAGUAGAUUGGGUGCAUCUGAGAACAGAUUCUGCUUUCCUGGGAAUUUGGGGUGUUCUCUUUCUGUGUGUUUGAUGUGAGGUAGUUUCAAGGUGCAAGAAGCCUGUGUAAGGUCCCAGCGUCUGUACUCCUUGAAUUGCUUAGGUGCAGAACAUUCAAACACAGGGGCUGGAGCCUCCUCAUAAUAGAUGUGUGCAGUAUCUUUGAUGAGAAUCUUCAUGGUACAAUAGUCCGUGUUUGUGAAUGGGAAGCACCAAUUAAGAUGUCUUAAAUCUGGCCCGUAAGGGAGAGGAGGCAGCCUGCUCAAUAGUGUAUCUCACGCAGGAAGGUUAGGGUUACCAGCUUUCUGUGCACUGCCUUCGGUUUUAGUAGUUCUUUGAACAGUGGACACUUUCAUGUCCCGUAUAUUCGUUCAUUGGCUGUGCUGUGUACCAAUGUCGUGGGGCUCUAGCCCUGUCACGGCAGGAUACAUUUAACUAACAAAGACGAGGAGGAUGAAGAUGGCCCACCCCUUAAAAUCUACCAUAUUGUAUCAGGGAAUCAUCAGAUAAAUUAUGCACAUCUAUGAGUUUGCCCACAAAAAACUAUCUCCUGAGUGGAUUGGUUUCGCCUCACAUAAGCUGCUUUUUGGUUCAGAAGGAAUUUUGAGUUACGCAAACACUAUCCAGAGAUGGAACACUGAAGAGGGUUCUGGAAUGUAGCCAGCGGACCUCAUUCUACAGGACUCGUCCCCUUGCAGCAGCCUCUUGCAGUGUGUAGAUAGGUUAUAUAUCCUGAUGUCUGUCACUUUAAACAGGUCACUUGUUUCUCAACUCCAUUUAAAUUGGUGAUGAAUGUGGCUUGAGAGAGCUUAAUAGUCUAUUUUGGGAAGGUAGAAGGGAAAGAGGGUCCAUAUUCAUUCUUUGACAUGAAAUGAAUGAAUCAGGAGGAUUGUAUUUACUUCCACUUACUAUUUUAAAUACAUAAACUGUUUAAUGAAAUAAACUGUAAAAUAUCCUGUUUUCUGUAUUAUAUGUACAUUUGAUUUUUUUAAUAGCCUUUCCAAAGAAAUGAGGGCAUGAUUAUUGUAUAGUACUGUGACUGAUUUAAUUGGAUGUACAGAGCAGGCUGCAUUCUUAAGGAUAAAAAUAUUUGAUGGCACUCA